AUGACUCCAUCAAGCGCUCGGCUUUCCAAAAUCGACUCAUCGACGCCGCCGCCGGUACCAGACAAGAACCAGAUCAGGCGUCCCAGCACGGCCAAAUCGACUCGGACCCUCUCCAAUUCCUCCAUCCCUACCCUGGGAACGACCUAUCUCGCAAGGCAGUCUUCUAACUCUUCGUCCAAUGCCACGCCGAUCCACAAGUCGCCUCUGCAGGCUCGCAGACCUCCCCGCUCCGGUAUCUGCCCUUCUUCCUCGCGUCCCACCCUCCCUUAUCCGGCUCUGGACCCAUCACAGGAUCACCAUCGUAGCGACUCUGGCAGAUCCACUGGCUCCUCGCGCUCCACCGCCACUACAGACAGCUUCUUUUUGCCACAGCAUCCGCACGCAUUUAACCGCCGCCUGAAGGAUCUUCCACCAGCUCCUGCUUCGUCUGCGCUCGCCGAUGCUCCCGUCUCUGCUCUCGGUCUCAAUGUCUCCAUCUCACCAUCAGCAGCUCCUGCUUUGGUACCGACGGCCCGUCUGUUCCGUAGCCAGAGCUCCGUCAGCACCACUCCUACCAGUCCAGAAGAAGGCAGCGGCUCGCCGCUGGGCGGAUCUCCGGCAGCCGAUCUGGCACCUCUGAAUUACGUGAAGAACGUCCACACCGACGGCCUCGACGACUUUUGGCAGAACGACUACUCUUAUGCUCCUCUCCCGACGGAUCAGAAUCAGAACUGCUUGCCACCCUUGAUGCGACACGACGCUCCCAUUCCUCCGUCCCGCUCGCAGUCUCUUGAUCCGCUUGCCGAGCCUUUGGACCCGCACUACAGCGGUCAAGAUGCCCACAAGGAUUCCGAAGACAAUCUCACCUUGCAUCAGCGAAGCCCUACCGUCGGCGUCGGCUCCGCCACUCCGCUGCUAGCCGCCAAUCUGCAGAAGCUUAAUUCGCAGAACGACCUCAGCCACAGCAGCACCUCGGCCGCUUCCAAGCUGGCAUCGCCUGUGCUUUCUUCGCCCAGUGGAGCUCCCACCCCGACCAGGCGCAGCGAAGAUGGCCAUCUGGCAACGGCGUCCGUCUUUCCCCGGCCAGCAAGCUCCGCCAACUCGUCCAAUUCGGCCAUCGACCGCCCUUCGCUUCCGAACAAGUCGAGCUCCAGCCUAUCCGCCUCCUCGGCAGCCGAACACGACAGAAGGCCGCCGGCGUCUGCGUCUAAGCGCUCUUCUACGUCCUCCAGCAACUCCUUCCGUAUGACACUGUCCAGGCAAGCAAAGUCGCUGCGCAACUCGUUCAUAUGGACGCCCCCGACCACCUCCGAUACAACCAUCUCAAGCCAGGACCGCGCUACACACCCGUCUGCCUUCCUCAGUCCCGACAACUCGUCGGCUCCGAUCUCGCAAGCUUCGAGCCCAAGCCUGGCGAUCAGCAGUCCAGCCUCAGCAAGCAGCGAGCUACCCUCGAAGCAGCCUUCGCCGUAUAGAGAGAGUCUCGUCGUCGCAGAGAAACAGACAUCCAGACCGGUCCCUGCCGUCUCUUCCUCAAAAAGCAGGGUGGAUACUUCGCGCUUGUCGUCCAGCUUAGCAGAUCCACGCUCCUUGCGGCACGGGUCGAGAGCUGCUGGUACUGGCAGCUCUGCCAGCACACCAGCUCCUCUGUCAAGCAUCACACCAAGCCUCAAGCAAAAGGUGGCCACCGACUAUGGCAAACUCGACGAGCGCCCAAGAUCGCGACUAUCGUCGCGUCUCACACUACAUAACGCCAAUUGGUCCCUAAAAAUUUCGAAUCUCACGACAAAGAAGCCGAGCGAGGCUACGACCUCCAAGUCGACAGCAUCUGACGUGGCCGCAGCCGCAGGAUCUCGAUCCGCCAAUAAGCAGUCAAAGAGUCUGACAUCCGUCUCCACGGCACCCACAGCUGCAUCUGUUGACACUUUCGGCGCAGAUGUGCGAGACUCGGAGAAGAGGACCUCGCUCGGGGGAUCCUCGAAAGCACUGCCGCCGUUGUCUACCGACCUGGCGCCGCUCAUGGUCAGAGGUAACUCGAGCGUUGACGCCAGGCUCUCUCCUUCAUUCGCCGAGACUUUCGCAUUUCUGAACAGCCAAAUCGAUUCCGAGGACCCGUCGCCGCCUCUGAUGUCGAUCGCACUGCCGGUUUCCGACAAUGCUCCAGCGGCUGCGAAAACGGCUAGUCGAGAGUCCCAGACGGCCGCCGUGAAGCGAGAGAAGCGGCCUAGCCAGGAGAAGAGGGUCGCUCGCAAAUCCGCGACCGACAAGAGCGCCGUGGCUACGCCUAGCACAAAUCAUGCCUCUCCCACAGGUCUCAGCAACAGCGAAGAUGCCACGGCCCGCUCGGCCCUCUUCGAUCGACUUGCGGACUCUCCGGAGGCUGUCUACAAGACUCUCGUCCUGCCAGAGCCGGCAUCUCUGCCCGCGUCCAAGUCGCUCGAUAGCGUCACUGCCGCCGCGAAGAGCCCGAUGAGAAAGCAAGGCCACAAGAAGAACAUUUCGCUCGGAUCCACCACCUUGAUCUCCAAGUCCGCCCGAAGAGCAGCUUCAGACCUAGAUAGGCGUGCCAGCGGCGCACCUGUUGCCUUCCCUGGGAUGACUCCGUCCAGAGCCAGUGCAAGCUCGAGGUCCAGCUUUGCAGGUGGCCUGCCCGUAUUUUCACCAAUGAGCGAGGAGAGCCGCUUUUUCGACGCCCUCACCUCACCUCCCAACGAACACCCUUCCAGCGCCAACGGAAGCCCAUCUCCAGAGGACUCGAUGCUGCCCACGUUUGCCACAGCAAACGAGUUCUUCCCCCUGACCACCACAGAACCCAGCAGCCCGGUGAGCAGUCGUCCGCUUGCUGCACGUAGCGCCACCACCACAGCUUCCACAGAUAUCACUUCCUCUGUACAGGCUUUGCCGCAGUCAAAGCGAUCCUCACUCGGUCGUCGCUUGUCGGUUGUCCUCGACAGUGCCAAAGCGCGCUCGGCCAAGCAGCAGGGCCUGGUGUCGCCUCCGCAAAGCCCUCGUGGCGACUCGAUGCGGCUGGAUGCAUUGCCCACGAGACCGGAGACCAGCCUGGGCUUCCAUCUUCGCAAUCCGCUUCGCAGAGAGCGCAAGGAGUCCCUCAAGGCGGCGCAGCCGCUGGCGAUGACGCCCAGUCGCCCCGAAAACCCCAGUGCGGCAAGCAGCAGGUCGUCAGCGUCUGCGAUACGCAAAAUGUCGACAGGCUUCCGGCUCGACCGUCCAUCUCCAGCGAAGGAAGAUCGGGUGCGAGCCGAGACGUCGCUCGGUAUGGCCGCUCCAGCGGUCAAGACCUCUCGAUCUAUCAGCAGCAGAGUGCUGGCUCCGACGAAGAGCUCGCUGGCAAGAAGCGUGCAGCCGUCUCCUCCCUCUGCGGACCGUGCUACGGUGAGAUCAACAUCUUCCUCGUCCUUGGGCACUGACACCUCCAAGGCGUUAUCGCGUUCGCCUCAUCGGCCGUCGAACCCGCCUUCAUCAUAUCGCGCCUCUCCUGCAGCUGGCCCGCAUCCAUCUGUGGUGGCAGAUGGCUCACCUGGCAAGACUCUGACCUCAUCGAAGACUCUAGUCUCUGCCACCAAAAGACAGGGUCCGGCUCCAUCCAUCACGACGGAUCAGGACUCGCUCAUGGCACCUCCUCCUAGCCCAGUGGAUGUGCGCCGCCGUCGUACGCUGAGCAAGCCCAUCCUGGAGCCGAUUCGCACCUCCUUCGCCGAGGCGCGCGACUUUGCGAGGCCAUCCACGGCGACGGGCUUCCGGGGUGGCGUUUCUGCGGCAAAUCGCAAGAUGAGUCAGCCGACGCUCGACAUGGUCGACGACCGCGAGUUCCUCGAGGCGCUCGAGCAGGUGCGAGCCGUGCAGCGCGAACGCAUCGAGGCGGAAGCGCAAGAGUUCGAGAACAAGUCUCGCCUCGCUCGUCUGGGUAUGGCCUCGGGCAACCAUCUUAAGACCAAGAAGCCUGAUCAGUGUGACACCGCUGACGGUCCCAUCAGCAGCCCCAUCGAUUCGAGCCCGGCUGCUCCCGCCACCAUCAUCCCUGCUAGACCGCGACUGCAUCACAGACGAUCGGCCAGCGCAGACGCUCAGCUGGUGCGAACGCGGUCCACGACAUCGACGGCGUCGCGCGAGUCCGACCGCGACCUCGACCAACGGCAGAAGGAUAUUGUCAAGGCGUACGCCGACAAGAAGCCUCCUGUCGGCCCGCCCACGUCCGGUCUCGAAUGGGGCGUCGGAAAAGCAAGUGGCAAGCUCCACGACGGCACGUUUGUAAACGAUGACGACUGGAAGAAGGAAGUCAAAGCGCUCUUCCUCAUCCGCGAGCUGGUCCAGACCGAACGAAGCUAUGCGCGCCAUCUCAGCAGCCUCUUGAGCGUGGUACGCAAAGCGCAAACCGCGCCCAACGGGAGCAGCACCAAUGCUCUCGGUGUCAAGCGCAAGUCGGCCAGCAACCUCUUUGCAGCCUACUCCUCGGCCGUCAACAGCAAGGCGUCGGCGAUGAGCGCGCCUCCGGGUCACAUUGCGCUGCUGCGCACAUACCUGCCUCAGCUGAUUGCACUGAGCAACGCGCUGGUGCAGCGCGUCGAGGAGAAUCCCACCAGCGCAGGCGUCGGUGCUGCCUUCGACGUCUUGGCGGCGCAGCUCGAGUCGACGUUUGUCGGAUGGUCGGGCGUAGCGUCGCAGGCAUUGGCGGAGCUGCGUUCCACCGAGCUGGUCAAAUCUAAAUCGCCCUUCAAGAUCGGCUUGGUGCCGCUGCUGCCUCGCGAAUCGACUGAGGUGGGCGCCUCCACGGCGGAUGCGGUGAGCAGCAGCAGCGGUAGCACAACACCUGGCUCAGGCUCCAAGAGCUCAGCGCUACGAAUGACUUCGCUCACUCGUCCCGCAUCGCCUGUCGCUUCUCCUCAGGAAUACGAAAUACAGGCCGACGGAAGCGCUACGCAGACGUCCAAGAGGUCGCCUAACAAGCGACGCAGCACUAUCACAAGCACCAGCUUCAUUCCUCCGCCACGCGUCGUCGUCGCACCAACUUCGACGUUGUCUGCAAGCCCAGAGCAGGAGAAAACGGCCGAAAGUGGCGCUGGCGCGUCCACACCGACGAGACGAUUCGGACACUCGCGCAGCCAGUCGACGCUGGUGACACCGGUACCCACGCCCACAUCCAGCACUGCUGCUUCCGAGCCCUGGUCUGCCGCCAUGCCUGCGCAAGCUGGUGGCAAGAGCCUGACACCCAUGGACAUCGCCAUCAUGCCGACGCAACGUCUGCCGCGGUACGGACUCAUGCUGCGCGAUCUUUUGCGAAACACACCACCCGAGUCUCUUUCACAUGCUCGUGUACAACGAGCGAUUGGUUUGAUCCAAAAGGUGGCGCUCAUGUGCGAUGCCGCCGCACCGAUUGGCAUCGCAGCCGCAAGUAGCAGUACGAGCGGCACAAGUUCGGGAGUCGUGACUCCUGCACGUGCCAAGAGCGUGAUGGGGAUGACAGGCGCCGAAAUGGUCGCGAGCGCUGGACUGAGUAUGACCAGACGCAGCUGA